CUAAGGGGACCUCCCAGAUCUCUGACUUCAGGUGGGAUCAAAGAGUAUAUACUCCUUUUAAGCACUGUGCUGUUCUGAUCUUCUUCCCAAAGGAUCAGACUUUAACAGCAUGCUUUUCUCCUAUAGUCACUUUAUCCUCCAAGCCACAAGCACUGGCCACACCAAGCAAGGAGGAGCAUGGGAAAAGAAAGAAGAAGAGCAAGGGGUUAGGGAAGAAGAGGGACCCAUGUCUUCGGAAGUACAAGGACUUCUGCAUCCAUGGAGAAUGCAAAUAUGUGAAGGAGCUCCGGGCUCCCUCCUGCAUCUGCCACCCGGGUUAUCAUGGAGAGAGGUGUCAUGGGCUUAGCCUCCCAGUGGAAAAUCGCUUAUAUACCUAUGACCACACAACCAUCCUGGCCGUGGUGGCUGUGGUGCUCUCAUCUGUUUGUCUGCUGGUCAUCGUGGGGCUUCUCAUGUUUAGGUACCACAGGAGAGGAGGUUAUGAUGUGGAAAAUGAAGAGAAAGUGAAGUUGGGCAUGACUAAUUCCCACUGAGAGAGACUUGUGCUCAAGGAAUCGGCUGGGGACUGCUACCUCUGAGAAGACACAAGGUGAUUGCAGACUGCAGAGGGGAAGGACUUCACGUAUAGCCACAAAGACUCCUUUGUCCCUAGUCGCUGUCUAGGAUUGGGCCUCCCAUAAUUGCUUUGCCAAAAUACCAGAGCCUUCAAGUGCCAAACAGAAUAUGUCCAGUGGGAUGUGGGUAAGAAGAAAGCAAAAGCAAGGGAACUUCAUGCCCUUCUGAUUCCCCUUCACCAGACCCCACUUCCCCUCAUAAUUUUGUUUAGACGCUUACCUUCUGGAUUAGAAUGUUGGUUAAAUUCCAUACACUCCAGGAUCUUUGACUGAAAAAAAAAAAGAAGAAGAAGAAGGAAAGAUUUGUGAACUGGAAGAAAGCAACAAAGAUUGAGAAGCCAGGUACUCAAGUACCACCAAGGGAAUCUGCCACUGGGACCCUCCAGCGCUGGAUUUGAUGAGUUAACUGUGAAAUACCACAAGCCUGAGAACUGAAUUUUGGGACUUCUACCUAGAUGGAAAAAUAACAACUAUUUUUGUUGUUGUUGUUUGUAAAUGCCUCUUAAAUUAUAUAUUUAUUUUAUUCUAUGUAUGUUAAUUUAUUUAGUUUUUAACACUCUAACAAUAAUAUUUCAAGUGCCUAGACUGUUACUUUGGCAAUUUCCUGGCCCUCCACCCAGCAUCCCCACAAUCUGGCUCAGUGCCACCUACCCUUGCCACAAAGCUGGGAUGGUUCUGUGACCCAUCUGUAGUAAUUUAUUGUCUGUCUACAUUUCGGCAGAUCUUCCGUGGUCAGAGUGCCACUGGGGGAGCUCUGCACGGUAAGGAUGUGGGGUUUAACUUGGUCAGAGCCACUCUAUGAGUUGGACUGCAGUAUUGCCUAGGCGAUUUUGUCUACUGUUUGUGUUUUGAAAGCCCAAGGUGCUGAUGUCAAAGUGUAAUGGAUAUCAGUGUCACCCUGUGUCCUCUUCCUGCCAAGUCUCAGAAGAGGUUGGGCUUCCAUGCCUGUAGCUUUCCUGUCCCUCACCCCCACAGCCCCAGCCCUCAGUGUGGGAACUCACUUUCCCUUGUGUCAAGACAUUUCUCUUACUCCUGCCAUUCUUCUGGUGCUACUCCAUGCAGGGGUCAGUGCAGCAGACGACAGUCUGGAGAAGGUAUUAGCAAAGCAAAAGACUGAGAAGGAACAGGAGCUGACUGUUCUUGGUAACUGAUUACCUGCCAAUUGCUACCGAGAAGGUUGGAGGUGGGGAAGGCUUUGUAUAAUCCCACCCACCUCACCAAAAUGAUGAAGGUAUGCUGUCAUGGUCCUUUCUGGAAGUUUCUGGUGCCAUUUCUGAACUGUUACAACUUGUAUUUCCAAACCUGGUUCAUAUUUAUACUUUUCAAUCCAAAUAAAGAUAACCCUUAUUCCAUA